GCGGCGGGCGCGAAUGGCGGAGCAGUGGGAUCUGGACGAGGAGUGCCUCCGCCGCCUGGGGGCGCUGACCCUGGAGCAGCCGGAACUGGUGGAGUCUCUCUCAUUGCAGGGAUCUUAUGCCGGAAAAAUCCACUCUAUUGGUGAUGCCUUCAGAAAUUUCAGAAGUCUCCGAUCCUUAGAUUUAUCAAGGAAUUUGAUCACUAGUCUAAAGGGAAUCCAGUAUUUAUGCUCACUCCAAGAGCUGAACUUAUAUUAUAACAACAUUCCUUCAUUAGUGGAGGUGUCCCGACUACAACCCUUACCCUUCCUCAAAGAACUAGAUUUGAGACUCAAUCCUGUUGUAAGGAAAGAUACAGAUUAUCGGCUCUUUGCCGUGUACACACUGCAAACGCUGGAAAAACUGGAUGACCGAGCCGUCCGUGACAGCGAGAGGAGAGCGGCCAAGCUACAUUUCAGUCAGUUGGGCAACAGUGAAAAUUUUCUCUUAGAGGUGGAAAAAAGCUCUAGGGAGAAGACAAUGAAAAACUGUGUGAUAGAUGAGGGCCCCGCAUCACACGUCAGUCCUGAGGUUGACGCCAGGAUGGAAACAGACGCAAACAAAGGACUUUUUAUUCCCUUCCCCAACCGGGAAAUAAAGGAUUCCCUAAGCAGCAUUUGUGCAGCCCAGGGCAGUGGCACACCAGCUCAGAAAUUAGACGUUUUUCCACUGGGGACACAGAUGCAGGAAGCAACAAGAAGGGAGACAAGUGACCUUCACCAGGAAGAUGAAUUAGAACUCAGGCUCUACCCGCCUCCUCAGAGCACAGUCCGAUCUCCAGAGAAGAUGACAAGAGAUGGAUACCGAGUGUCUUUCCUAGACACUAAGUCUUCAAGUUCUUCUCCAGAAAAGGACUUGAUACCAAAACCUGAUGCCUAUCCGUGCACCCAUGAUGCCUCCUUGGGUAAACGCCUGGAUGUAGGUGAUUCUAACCAGAUCCUUCCCUGUCAGUUACCUUCUGAGGUUUGUCUGGACCGCUAUGGUAAUCAAUAUUCUCAAACUCUGUGCCUGCACGGAAGUCUUGUCAAAAGGGCUCAGAAGGGCAAGAACUACCGAGAACAUAGCAUAAAACCUUCACACGACAAAAAGGCCACCUCGUCCCAUCCCUGUGGAGACUUACUAACAUCCCUGUCAAACCCCGACUCCAGCACGGGAAGGCUGCUGAGGCUUAGCUCAGAUCUCUAUGCCACAACCCAUUUCAACAGUGACCCUGCUCUGCUGGCCAGUGUGGAGCAACAGCUUUCCAGCCUCCGUGACUUUGCACCAGCACCUGAUUCUUUCCCAAGCAGCCCUGCCCUAGGGAAUUCUCUGCGGACACUGCUGCUGCCUCCUGGGACUCCAGAAAACAGAGAGAUUCCAACUAAGAGGUCAUUUAGCCCUUCAAGGAGAGGAUUCAAGCGGAAGGACGGUAUCCUUGCCAACCCGAGUCUGAAGCGUGGUUUCCAAGACUCUACAGGCAGCGAGGCGCAACCUCUCUCUAGUGACCUGGGCAGUUUGCAUGGUUUAUCAGGAAACCACAGUCCCCCGAUCUCUGCCAGAACCCCCCACGUGGCCACUGUCCUGAGACAGCUCCUGGAGCUGGUGGACAAGCACUGGAAUGGCUCUGGCUCCCUCCUCCUGGACAAGAAGUUUCUUGGUCCCGCCAGAGACUUGCUCCUGUCCUUGGUGGUCCCUGCACCCUCUCAGCAGUGGCGGCGCUCGCAGCUUGACGAGAAGGCAGGGAAAGCCUUGUGCUGGAGGGAGACCGAGCUAAAGGAAGCAGGGCUGCUAGUUCCUAACGAUGUGGAAAGUCUGAAGCAAAAACUGGUCAAAGUGCUGGAGGAAAACCUUGUUCUGUCAGAAAAAAUUCAGCAGUUGGAGGGAACCGCUGCCACCUCGAUUGUGAGUGGGCACCCAUCACACACACACGAUGAGCUUCUUCGAAAAAACCAACAGCUGACCAUACAGGUGGCUUGCCUGACCCAGGAGCUGACUCAGCUGAAAAGACUGGAGGAGACAGUUGCUCUUCUCCAGGAGAGUCAGAGGUCCCUGGUGGUAACUAAUGAGUAUCUGCUGCAGCAGCUGCAUAAAGAGCAGAAAGGUUAUUCCGGGAAAUCGCUCCUGCCUCCCGAGAAGAGUCAUCCUUUGGGGAGAUCGUCGCCCUUUGGGAAAAGCACGCUGUCUUCCUCCUCACCAAUGGUACACGACACGGGUCAGUACCUAAUACAGAGUGUCUCAGAAGCUGACCCAGAGCCUAGUUUGUGGAGCUAGCACCGCAGCCCGCCCCACCAGCUCCCUCACCCACGGAGGAUGCUCAGGGCUGCAGUCCCUGUGGUGGGUACUGGUGUUUACCCCCAAAGAUUAAGAAAAACGUAUUAUGAUUACUUU